ACGAUUUUCUUUGUAUUUUCAGUGUUCUGAAGUGUGCAGUUUCUGCCAAGUUAUCAGCCGAGACUGUUCACCACUCACCAGAUACGUCUCAGUCCGGGGAUUAUCUCUUUCAAGCUGCUUCUGUCCCCAGAGGAAGUAUCACCCUGCCUGAUGACUCGGUCCCCCCGAGCCUGUGGCAGCCGUGUGAGGGGAGGAGAGCAUCUUUUGGAGAUGAUACCCCCACCGAAAGGACUCGGCCCCUCGUGAGCUCCAAGCCUGUUCCUGCCAGGGACAGGAGGAGCCAGGAAAUGGGCAGGAGGAAGCAGCCGCUGGGGCGGCUGCACCGACCCCCGGCCUCUGUGAGCCGCUCAGCAGAGCAGCUCAGAUCGAGGGACAGGCCCGAUUCCUUCUUCCUCAGCCCCCGGAGCAUCAGGGAGAAGCCCUCCGGAAGCCACAGUCUGCCGCGGCGCAGGUGGCGAAGAGAAAGGGACCUCCUGACAAACCGGGGCUCCCCCCACCCCCAGGGAGCCAGGCGGUCGGUCGUGUACGGAAAGAUUCAAGCGACUCGCCUGUGCCAGGCUGCCUGGGCCUUACAGCAGUGGGAGCCCAGUGCAGCGUCAUUGGCUAGAGGCUCAACAUGGCCACGGGGGCGGCUUUUUGGCGUGAAAGACAGAGACCAAGCCUUCCGCCAGAACCCUGUGAGAGGAGACGGGGAGGAAGGGACCUGGAGCGCCGGCGUCCUGCGGGCCGCCCUCGGCUCUCUGGGAGCCCGGGCCCAGGAAAAUGACGACGACUUCUCCGACACCGACAGCACCUACUCUUUGGAUUCCCUCUCCUGUACCUAUACCAGGACCCUGAUCAAACCACAAAAGCAGGAGGCCCCUGAGCCAAAGGCACGCUGCACCGAGCUUGAGAAUUCAGAAAGCGAUGAUAGCCAGAUGUCUCAAGAUUCGUUAGUAGAAAAAAGGAAUAGAACACCAAGAAGGCUUUUGCCCGUCUCUCCCCUUCUCCAAGCCCCUGAAAGAAGUGAGGCAAGCUCUGUGGCCUCCUCCAAGGCCUCCUUGCCUCCUUCUGGCAGUGAACUGCCCUGGGAAAAGGUGAGGACCUUUUCUCUGGAUAGCUUGAACAAUGAGGAGGAGGACUUCAGGGAAGAAUCUAAGGAAGCGUCCGCUUCUCACUCGUCAGACGAGAUGCCCGCAGAGGUCUUUUGGCAAGUGAAGAGCUCUCGGUCCCUCCCAGAGUGCCAGGAGCAGGUACUGGAGUUCCAGGCUUCAGACCAAGGACUGGACUCAGCUGGACCUGAUGUAACAUUGAAGCCAAGUACUUCUUUUUAUCUGACUCUUCAGCCUGAGACAGAAAGGAGCAACUACAGAUCCCUUCAACAGACCCAGAACCCGAGAAACAGCUCCUUGGUUUCCAUGGACUCUUGGUUCUCCUGCGAUUCAGAGAGCAAACCCAACGACCCCCAGGAAGUGAGUCUGUACUCACAGAUGAAUCUCGGUAUCCAGCAGUUGGAGGUCCGAGACAUGGAGAAGCCCGUGGUCCUGGUGGGAGUGGGGGGGUUUCAGCAGCCUGCCCCUGAGCUGGCCACUGAGGCAUACCGUUUCAGCCCCCUCCCGGGCCCAGGCCUGAUCCCCAGAACUGCCCACGAGGUGAGUGGAAAGCCUUCUCUGGAGGUACCUUCAGAGGCUCCGUGGAGAUCCCCAGGACCUUGCAAGCCCAGUUCAGACGCAGCUGGCUCCCUGAAGGCUCUUCCUGAGCAGGGGAGAGACCUAGCCAGCCUGACUGGCUACUGCAGCCCUGUCCCUUCAAACAGCGCUCUCCCCUGCAGCCUGUCAGCUGCCCCUGCAGCUUUGUUGUCUCACAAAGGCAGUACCCUUGGAAAGGGCAGGCCUGUUGUUGAAUAUUUGUGUGAAUUUUCUCACUCUUCCCUGGGGGCCACAGUGAGAAGCACACAGGUUUCUAGUUCCUCUCAGAAGGACACAAGUUACCUGCCUUUUACAUCUGGCAAAAAAUGGGAUUCCUUCUUCCCUGUGUGUCCCAAGAUGCCUGGUGAUUUUGAUUUCAAUGAUGCUUCCUCCUCUUUGCCAUCCACGAGGCAGCUGAGGACAGAGCAAGAACGAAAUGGUGGGAGCUUGGAGUUGGACGAUCUCUCGACUCUCUUUAGAACGAUUGAAAAAGAUGCUCAUCAUAGCUGUCCCUCAGCAGACUUAGAAGCAGGAGAUCCGGGGUUAGAAAAUGCUUGGGUCUUUGUAGCGGAAAACAAGGUUUCAGCUUCCGGGGCACAGGCCCACCCAGCGCAUCAGGGCAUCCCCAAGCAGUCACAGCCCGUGGCCUGUCAGAGAGCGGCAUCGGCGGUCCCCUUCGAUGAGAGCUUUUUCCUGAGGGACAUAUCCAACAGCAGCAGUCCCAUGAACGCUAAGGAAGAACAGGGUCCCCCGGCCUGGGCCCAGCGGGAGGAGAAUCUGCCCGGCAGGCUGGCUCCAUUAAAGCUCAACAACCCCCUCUCUCAGCCAGCGAUGAAGACCGAGCUCCUGCAGAACACCAGUGAACAAAUUGACAGAGAAAGAAGUUUUUCUUUGGCCUUAGCUACCGAUUCUGAGCCAUCCUGGGAUCUUUUCCCAUCUCCUGAGCAGCUCCAUCCUGUGGAAACAUUUUAUAUGUUAGAAAGUAGAGACGCUUUGACAGAAACAGCCUUGGAGAUCCCCGCAUGCCGAGAGUGGGGUGAGGACAUGCCAUCCACCAGCCGGGGAGAGGAGCUGAACAACGCCUUUCAGUUUCUUAGAACUGUGGACAGUGACUUGCUGCUUUUGUUACACACCACAAAUGCUAAGAAUCCUCCUUCUCAGCAAGUUGUGGGGGAGAGGUCCUUCAGCCCAGGCAACAGGAAAGACCUGAGUGGAAGCGGGGUCCCCCAAAGUAUGGAAAAGUUCAGCAAUCCCAUCGCUUUCUCUGCUGCUCAGAAUAGACUGUUGUUAGAGAGCAUUAGCAUGGCGGCAUGUCAUUUGGGAAAACCGGGUGGGAUUUUAAAUAACAAGCACCCACAGUCAAUGCUGAAGAUGAAGGAACAAGACCCAGAUCAGCCCCCUUGGGGUGUUCCAUUUAAUGAUUCUGGGGCUGUUAUCUCAAGCAUCGAAGGAGAUCACAAACAUAGGGAGAGUGAAAAUGACAUCCGAGGGAAUCGGGGCGGCUACCUCCUGGGGAUUGGUGCAGCUGAUUUUGAAGGUCAGAUCCAUUCUGGACCCAAUUCCAAUUUCCUUUACAAAACUGACAGCUCGAACCAAACUCAGCAUAGAGUCAAUAUGCAGGAGAAUGCUUUGAUUUCUAAAAAGCGCAGCUCAUCAAAUCACUCUGGGUGUACAAGUCCAGCAAUAAUGUCUAAGGAUGAAACCUCGCCACACCCGAAGGAAGGAACGGAAUCUGUUUCUCUUGGAAUGGCUUUGCAUCCCAAGGAUUGCUCGGAGGAGUCCGUGACUCAGAGAAGAGACCCCCCUUAUGGAAAAGACUCUGCUUCAAACACAACUCUGUCCACCAAGGAAGAAGGCACUAUUGCAAACAAAGAACCUGAGAACUUAAUGGUGAUACCCAGUUCCCAAGGAGACGGGCCUCAAAGGAGAAGUCAGACUUCCUCUCAGGGUAAAAUUGUUAAUCAUUCUGAAGAAAUGGCCAGGCUGAUUAGCAGUGUGUCUCAGCUGGAAAGCAGCAUCAUGGAAAUAGAUUCUAGACAAAAAUAUCAUCCUUGUGCCUUGUAUAUGGCAGAAGCUUACAGGAGAGCCAUGUGUAGGGAUAGGAAGGACCAUGGAAAGGCCCAUCUAACCCUGAGACCAAAUGACUUCAGAGAGAUCCUCUAUCACAGAGAUCAGCCCCAUUCUCCAAAGAAAGUACAGGAGGAGGAAGUCCCUAAUAGCAUCGAAACCAGAGGAAUCAAGAAGGUCAACAGUUGUAUUCAAGAGAGUUAUCAGACCCAGAAAAUCACACCAAACUUGACCAGGCCCACUGCAGUCACUGAAGAGGGCAAGACUGAAAGAGAGCAUACUCCCUUAUCUGUAUCUGAACUGUCGGUCCGGUGCCCUAGUGAUUAUCUGUUCCUACGGUUUUCACAGAGAUGCACCGCUCAGAAAAAAUCAGCUAGUGCUCUAGGAAGUCCAGAGGGAGUGGAGCCAUUGGUCAGAACUGAACCCACAAGAGCCAAGGAAGAAAGAUCGGAGGGAAGCCGCAAUGAGGAAUCUGCUUCAGAACUGAACCCCCAAAGUCACGCCACUUUGACUUUGGGGACAGGAAGUUUUCCAAAAUUGGAGCCCAAGGCCACUUUCCAGGAAAAUCAGACCGCUGAAAACCUAACCAGUACCAUGAUGACAGCUAAGUGCAAAGAAGUAAGAGUCCAUGACACAGAUCAAGAAACAAAUAUCUUACGGGGAAAGAGCAUGCAAACAGGAACCUAUCCAGCUCCAUUGACCCAGGGGUUAUCUGGCGUAAGCCAAAUCCUGCAUACAGGUAGAUACCGCACUCAGGAGACAGCACAUCCAUGGCCAAGUCAAGAAGGCUACCCAGCGGUUUCCACUAAGGAAGGCAACAUCUUUUUCUCCGAUCCCCCAAAACUGUCAGAAAAGUAUUUCAGGUCAACAAUGAAGGCAGUGAGCCUUUCUUCCGCUGCCUCUGAGCCAAAUGUAGAGUUUCUGAAAACUCAAGCCCCAACUCCCUCAGAAGGUAGAGAAGAACAGCAAAAAGUAAAUGGAGAAGCAAGAAACCACAGCUCUCUCAGAAGCAUCAGCUGCAAAAACUCCUUUGUAGAACAGUCAGUUUGGCAGAGCUUUAGUUUGAGGACAGUGUCUGGUCUUUGUUAUCAGCCCAGUGGUGCUGGGAGCGGCCCUGGUGAAGCUUCAAAUGAUAGCUACUCCAUGGAAGAGAUGAAAGCAUCAGCUACUGCCAUGCUUCUAGAACAGCAGGGAGAAGACACCAGAGUCACCCCGAGAGAUUUGAAUUUGGGAAAUUCAUCUCUCACUGAGGCGGAGUUGACCUUGUUAAGAAACAUAAAAAGAGCCAGUUCGCUUAUCCAAUCUCCACUGGAGAAGAGGACCAGUCAUCAGUGGGCAGAUAGAGAACUCCAGGUACCUCAAGCUGUAGAGAAAAAGCUGUGGAGGACAGAAGAUUUUGCCAUGGAUCUCAGUACCACCAGUGCCUCUUUGUCAGCGACUAAUGAGGGGAAACGGGGUUCCUCAUUAGGAGCUUGGGGGGUUACUGUUGCCCCAUCCAUGUAUCCAAAAAUGAAUGUAGAGACCACAGUGGAGGACACUAAACUAUCACAAGAGUGUGGGGAGUCUUCACAGGACAGUGCCAAUGAACAGAUUAUCAUGCCUAAACUGACGAGGGACUCAUCAAGAUUUUGGGGGGCCUCUGUUAUCCCAUCCAUGUAUCCAGAAAUGAAUAUAGAGACCACAGUGGAGAAUAAUAAACUAUCAGAAGAAUGUGAGAAAUCUUCAAAGGACAGCACCAAUGAGCAGAUUAUCUCACCUGAAUUGACCAAGGUCUCAUCAGGAUUUUGGGGGGCCUCUGCUACCCCAUCAGUGCAUCCAAAAAUGAAGAUAGAGACGACAGUGGAGAACAAUAAACUAUCAAAAGAAUGUGAGAAGUCUUCAAAGGACAGCACCAAUGAUCAGAUUAUCUCACCUGAAUUGACCAAGGUCUCAUCAGGGUUUUGGGGGGCCUCUUCUACCCCAUCCACAUGUCCAAAAAUGAAGGUAGAGACCACAGUGGACAAAAACAAACUAUCAGAAGAAUGUGAGAAGUCGUCAAAGAAUAGCGCCGAUGAGCAGAUCAUUGCACCAGAAUUGACCAGGAUCUCAUCAGGAUUUUGGAGGUCCCCUACUACCCCAUCUGUGUAUCCAAAAAUGAAGGUAGAGACCACAUUGGAGAACAACAUACCAUCAGAGGAAUGUGAGAAGUCUUCAAAGGACAGCAUCAAUGAGCAGAUCAUUGCAUCUAAAUUGACCAGGGUCUCAUCAGAAUUUUGGGGGGCUUCUGCUACUCCAUCCAUGUAUCCACAAAUGAAGGUAGAGACCACAGUGGAGAAUGACAUUCUAUCAGAGGAAUGUGAAAAGUCUUCAAGGGACAGCUUCAAUGAGCAGAUUAUCUCAUCUGAAUUGAUCAGGGUCUCAUCAGGGUUUUUGGGGGCCCCUGCUAACCCAACCAUGCAUCCAAAAAUGAAUGUAGAGACCACUAUGGAGAAUAAUAAACUUUCAGAGGAGUGUAAGAAGUAUUCAAAGGACAAUGCAGAGGAGCAGAUUAUCGCGCCUGAAUUGACCAAGAUCUCAUCAGGGUUUUGGGCAGCCUCUACUACCCCAUCCAUGUAUCCAAAAAUGAAUGUAGAAAUUACAGUAGAGAAUAAGUUGUCACAGGAGUGUGGAAAGUCUCCACAGGACAGUGCUAAUGAACAGAUUAUUGUGCCUAAACUGACAGGACUCUCAUCAGGAUUUUGGGAGGCCUCUGCUACCCCAUCCAUGUAUCCAAAAAUGAAUGUAGAGACCACAGUGGAGAAUAAUAAACUAUCAGCAGAGGAGUGUGAGAAAUGUUCAAAGGACAACACAGAUGAGCAGAUUAUUGUUUCUAAACUGACUGGGAUCUCGUCAGGAUUUUGGGGGGCUGCUAUGACCCCAAAAAUGAAUAUAGAGGAUAAUAAACUAUCAGAGGAGUAUAAGAAGUGUUCAAAGGGCAGCACUGAUAAGCACAUUAUCGUGUCUGAAUUGACCAAGGUCUUAUCAGCAUUUUGGGAGACCUCUGAUCCCCCAUCCAUAUGUUCAAAAAUAAAUGUAGAGACCACAGUGGAGGAUAACAAACUAUCAUCAGAGGAGUGUAAGAAGUGUUCCAAGGAUAGAACAGAUGAGCAGAUUAUCAUGCCUGAAUUGAUCAGGGUCUCAUCAGGGUUUUGGGGGGCCUCUGCUACCCCAUCCAUGUAUCCAGAAGCAAAUGUAGAGACCAUAGUGGAGGACACUAGACAAUCAGAAGAAUGUGAGAAGAGUUUAAAGGACAACACCGAUGAACAGAUUAUUGUGCCUGAAUUGACCAGGACCACCUCAGAGUUUUGGGGGGCUUCUGCUAUCCCAUCUGUGUAUUCAAAAAUGAAGGUAGAGACCACAAUGGAGAAUAAUAAACUAUCCGAGGAGUGUAAGAAGAGUUCAAAGGAUGACACGGAUGAUCAGAUUAUCGUGCCUAAACUGGCGGGAGUCUUAUCAGGGUUCUGGGGGGCUUCUGCUACUCCAUCCAUGUGUCCAAAAAUGAAUGUAGAGACCACAGUGGAGAAUACUAAAUUACCAUCAGAGGAGAGUAAGAAGCAUUCAAAGGACAACACAGAUAAACAGAUCAUCGUGCCUCAACUGACAGGGAUCUCAUCAGAAUUUUGGGGGGCCUCUACUACUCCAUCUGUGUACUCAAAAAUGAAGGUAGAGACCAUAGCAGAGAAUAAUAAACUCUCAGAGGAGUGUAAGAAGUGUUCAGAAGACAGCACAGAUGAGCAGAUUAUCAUGCCUCAAUUGACCAGGGUCUCAUCAGGAUUUUGGGGGGCCUCUGCUACCUCAUCUGUGUGUCCAAAAAUGAAUGUAGAGACUACAGAGGAGAAUAAUUUAUCAGAGGAAUGUAAGAAGUGCUCAAAGGACAGCACUGAUAAGCAGAUUAUCAUUUCUCAUGGUGAACCUCUACUGGAGUUUGAAGCCCUUUCUGGGAGCCCUAAGCAGCCUCACUAUAACCAGAGAGACCAGCUGGAAUUAGCUAGAACCCACAAAAAAGAUGAGUCGCAAGUAUGUUUUGUACAAAAUCAAGCUGCAAGAGGAUAUCUCCAGGAGGCAUCUCCAGGGACUGCAGCAGGCAAGCAUCCCGAUCAGAAUUACCCUCUGGCAAAGCUGUAUGAGACCCAGAGUCUUCAGCUAACAAAAGAUGGGACUGCUCCUAGCAGAGGACCAGAGCAUGCCUUGCCGCUGUCCUUCAGCACCAUGGCUAACCCAGGCAUGAGCAGUAAUGUGCAGACAGCAGGUGAGAAGCCCACUGGGCACUUGGGUCCCCAAGCCCUCCUGGAAAGCCCAGACAGGAAGGAAGAGAUGAUUAAUUCAUCUUCUGUUGGAGUUCUGGCUUCAGGAAACAUGCUUUCCCCAUCAGCCCUGGAGGACAACUGCGAGGAGUCAGUAAGGCUUGCACCUUCUUUCCAUGGAAUCUCCAACAACAUUAGACUAAUUCAGCAGGAACUGAGCCAGGCCUUGCUUUGUAAACAGAUUGAGGCACAUUCAGAGGUGGAAAGAAAUAGUCUCGGGAGCAAAGAGAGCAUCCAGAGGGUUUGGGAAGAGUUCAGAUCCCAAAGUACAGCGUAUGGGAACUUAAGCAGUGGAGACUCUUCAGAGGCAGUGGUGGACCCCCAGACCCACUGGGGAGCUCCCAUCCAGUCCCCCUGGAAAGAUGCCCCUCUCCUGGCAGGAUCUGCAAAGUCAACAGUUGAAAUGUCUUACGCAGUGGAGGAUUCCACUACCCCGGGGCCUGUUUUUGCAUCUCAAGGAAGCUUUUAUAUCAGAAAGCAGCCAAUCAUCUGCUGUGAAGCAGAGAUGAUUGAGGCUGAAGAUCCUGCUCAUCCAAGAUGUGUUCCUUCUCCAGGAUUAGGAGAAAGGAGGGCAAGUCACAAACAAGAGCCAGGGGGGUCUGGAAUGGUAGAGGGAGGCAGUACAGGGGGUGCCUUGCUACAGUGCCCAAAGUUAAAAGGGGUUGCCCUGUCAGGGCAGUCUUUAGCCUAUGGUGUGGGUAACAGAUGUCCAAGACCAACACCCCUCCUUGAUCAGAGACUUGUUGGAGAGAUGGAGGAGAGCCCAGAAGGGAGCCUGGGUCAAAGUAACGUGGAGGUUUCUAAAAGCACCAUUAUGUUUAGCCCAUUAGCAUCCCAGAGAGAGGCUGUGACUUCUCCUUCCAGGCUACUGUGCAUGUCUCCACAAGGGACUGCUUUUAUUGAUUCACCUUCUUUUACCAAUUCUCUGUCUCAUGGAAAUAAUGAUUCUGAGAAAUGGAUUCCCCGGUCUUCUUCAGACACAAUGCUUCCAGUUUUCCUGCCAUCUUCCAAGCUCACUGUAGGUCACCAGUCCAGAGGGACCAAUGUACCUUUGGCACAUAGCCCGGAUCUCAAAGAGAGCCAGCAAGAACUGAGACUGGCAGCUUCCAAUACUAGUUUAUGCAGUAUAGAGAGCCCUGGGAGUGAAGACAUUAAGAAGAAAGCUGCUUUCAAGCCUGAAACGACUUCUUUAUCUGCCCGGACCUAUUCUGAGAAGUUGGAGAAUCUCCAGGAGGAACACGAAGCUAGUCAGAAUGAAUGGGAAUUCCCUCCUGGAACUGAGGAACCUGGGAACCAUGUUAAAAUUGGGAGACUGGAAGCAAUGCAUAUAAGCAAAGACAUUCUUGAAAAUGAACCUACAAUGGGGUUUCCACAUCUUGCCCAAGGACCACCAUUUCCUAAGGAUUCCAGAGAUCACAGCACUCCUAUUCCCUACCCUCGGACAAAAAUGGGUAAAAAAUGUAUCUUCAACAACCUUCCGGGCAAUCCGUGGAAGACAGAUGAGAACGAACAGCUCUCCAACAAUGGUGGCAACACAGUGUGGGACAGAAACCAUCACCAUUUAGGAACCAGUGGCCAAGUCAGCCCUCAGGGGCCCAGAGGUAGCCCGAGGACAGAUGGAAGGGUAUCAAGGCCUGAAAGACCCAGACUUCUAUUGAAGACAAACAACCACCCUUUUGAUGAUCAAGGAUCUUGCCCUCUGUCAGAGGGCUCACAGGAUGAUCUGGACACUGGCUCUCACGACAGAGACUUGGCUCCCUGUGUUGCUUUUUCCUGUAGUCCUGGGCAUUCUCCAAAAGACUUCUCCCCCCUGAAGGCCUCUGUAGGGACUUCCUCCAAGUCUCCACAAGAACUGAACAUGAGCGUGGAGCCUCCUUCUCCCACAGAAGAUGAGGAGACUCGUGGGACUGAGAGGCUCAAUGAUCUUUCUCCAGAUGAACCUGAAAUGAUGUCGGUGGAAUUGGGGAAAUGUCCAAGACCUGCGGAUCGUGGCCAGACAGCUCCGCCAGAUUACGGCUUAGAAGCCCCCGGGCUGCGGUCCCCAGUAUCUGGCACUCCUCCCUACCCUACCUCUUCCACACUUCUGACUAUGCCGGUCCCAGAAGGUAGACCAGCAGACGUUCUGGAGGAGGAGCAGCAUGACCCCCUCAGGAACAAAGGCUGGCUGACACUGGAGAACGUGGAUGUGACGCAGGGCACAUCUGGCAAAAUAAAUCCCUUCGUUCAAUCCUGGCAGCAGGAGGGGCCCGGGAGGAUUGACUGGAAGCAAUACGUUCUUGGCAGUGCCAGCGACACCUCUUGCAACCAGAUUUCAUGGAGUCUGGACACCCAGAGAGCCGUUCAUUGCUCCAGUGUAGACAAUGGCCUGGAUACUUCAAGCUCUCCCUACCCUUCUCAGCUCAGCUCCUAUGCCAACCCCCAUGAGCUGUCCAGCCCCAGUAGCACUGAGGAUCCUCAGGGCUUAGAAGAAGAAAGGAAGAAGUUCAAGACUUCUAGUGUUGUCAGGAGCCACCAUGGCUUCUCUGAUACAUCCCUCACGGUGCCCUCCCCUGGGAUCCCAGACAAGGUCGGGGAGGGCCUGCCUGAAGAUGAGUGCGCUCUAAUUGAGCAGAGGGAAAUCUCAGGGAAGAUGGGGGACCUCCCGCUGCUGUACCCCACCGAGUCCUCGCCAAAGGCUGGCACAGCUACCUGUGAACAGGGGACGAUGACCCUGACCCCGACUCAGCUGCAGCAGGUUCACAUGCACUGCCAGGCCUGUGUAGACGCCCCUCACCCCUCCCACCCACCCCCAGCGACAUGGAAGAGUAUGCACAACCUGUCGAUGCAUCUUUCCCAGCUCUUACACAACACCUCGGAGCUGCUAGGGAACCUCAGCCAUCAGGGGACCCCCGAGAGGGAGCGGGGCAUUAAGGCCGAGGCCCCUGAAGAGGCCCCCAAGGCAGUGACAAUGGACAGCAGCACUCAGACCACUGUGGACGUGGGCAUCCAGACCGAUGAGAUGGACCCAGCCCCACAGGAUGUCUCCCUCCAUUCCUCUGGGGACCAGUUAGCCAGUCCUCAGGAAGCAAAUGUGACCCCCUUAAAACAUAGCUCGCUGGAUGGGAUAGAUGCUUUGGAUACUCCACAGGAGUUGGACCACUCCCUGGUGCUUCAGGAGAAGGUGGACCACCCCCUGGUGCUUCAGGAGAAGGUGGACCACCCCCUGGUGCUUCAAGAGAAGGAGAAUAAAGGCACAGUUGAGACAAAAGAGACAACUUCCAGCUCCGGUAGCCAGAAGGAACCCAGCUUCUCCCCGGACUCCCUGGACACAUCCCAUAAUAUCCUGAGUUUUCAGGAACACUCCCUAUCCCAGGAAGUGACAAGCCUCCAAGCUUCUUCAGCUACCUCCCCCUCCUCCAGUUCCCACAAGCUUGGGUCCUCCUGCACGGCAGUCACCAGUCCGACUUUAUUCCCUGCAUCCUCUCUCAGAGAGUCAUCUUCUCAGGAGAGAGAAUCCACUUGUGAAUCCAGUACCCAGAACAACAAGAAAGCAGGCUACAGGAACACCUUGUUGGUGGACAGGGCUUCCUCCCCGAUCCUAACUUUCAGCGCCAGCGCUCAAGGUCCUCAUUCCUCCUCCUCGUCCACCUCUUCCUCCUCUUCCUCCUCGUCUUCCUCCUCCAACCCUCCUUGUCUCGGGUCUUCUCACUUUCAUUCCACCAUACUCCAUCAGAAGCUCAGAGCUAGCCGGGUGUCUUCAGUGCACAAUUUUUCCCAAGCCAACAAUGAAGGGGAGACUGGGAAUAUUUCUGAAGAUAGUGGGAAGUCCAUAGGAAAGAAGUUGAGCAAAGGAUCUCUUGCCUCAAACCUCACUGGAACCCUGAAGCCCAGCCUGUGGCUUCACGGAAGCUCGUCUUCCACGUCCGUGGGACUCUUGAGUUCCCCCCAGCAGUUACAGGUUCGGGCUUCCUUGGGGCUUCUGGGCUGGGAAGAACAACUAGCUGGUGAAAAGAAGAAGAAACAUUCCUGGGAGAGACCUCUGUAUCUGUCCCUGCCCACGACGGGGUUGAGCCCCACCGAAGGCCAGUCAGAGGCCUCAAACACCAGUAGCUUUGUGGCAGAGGGGGCUGCAGAGGGGGCCAACCCUGCAUCGGUUCAGCUAGCCAGCCCAAGUACAAGUUGGUGCCAGAAACAAACCGGCACUGGCGCCGACUCCUCUGAGCAGCUCCUGAAGUCCCCUCCGCCUUCAGAGACUCCCUUCUGGGGGAGGGCUGUGAACCAUUGCCAUGGCCCUUCCUCCGUUUCUGAAAUCAGUGUGGCUCCAGGGCACGGCAGCAUAGCCAGGGACACCCAGUCGGAGGUGCUGCUGACCUCCUGCACCCAGAAAGUGCAGACUGCCGACCCCAAGAAAUACAACCUGAAGGACCUCCCUGUCCACAAUAAGUUCAGUAAUUGGUGUGGGGUUCAGGGAAGCUCCCCGCAGGGCACCAUGCCUGCGGAAGGAGCAGUGAAUGCUGCUAACUCUUCCUCAGAGGGGCUACAGGAGAAGUCGGUCCAGCUCAGUAAGCAUCUGAGCCAAGUGCCUGAGCAGCUUCAGAGGGAACAAGUACAGGUGCUGGCUGGGGUCCCGUUGGAGCUGGGGCCGCAGACCCCACCCCUUAGCGUGGAGCUGGCUGAAGCCAAGCUUCUCUAUGGCCUCGGAGAGACCGAUGCUCUGCUGAGGGUGAUGCAGAGUGGGACUGGUGAGGCUCUGGUUCCCGACGCCCCGAGAAGCUCACAGAAGGAGGAAAUGUACUUCCGGCGUUUGAAGACCAUUGAGGUGAUGCGGAGAGAGCGCUCAGAUCGGCUCCAGAACUUCCGUCGGGCCCGCAGCCUCAGCCCUAUGAAGCAGCUCGGCCUCCUGCCCACCCCAGAAGCAUUCCCCCGAGAUGCCGAUCUGCCCAGUCGGCGGCGAGAAUACCUGCAACAGCUUCGAAAGGAUGUUGUAGAGACCACCAGGAACCUGGAGUCUGCCUCAGACACUGCGAACCACCAGCCCUCUGACAUAGAGGUGCUGCUCCGAGACUACCAGCGGGCCAGGGAAGAGACCAAGAUGGAGAUUGCUCGCGCACGAGACCGGCUGCGGGAACGAGCCGAGCAGGAGAAGCAGCGCAUCCGCCAACAGAUAGUUUCUCAGCUGCAACGGGAAGAAGCAAAACUGCAAACCCUGGUCAGCGUGAGCACCCUGUGCACCACCAGCUCCAUGGACAGCCGCUCCUCCAGCCCCACCUCCGGCUAUGACAGCAGCAACCUCACCUUGGCCAGCCAGAGCCAGCCUCCGGAGAAGCAGGGGAAUGCUAACAUACCUUGCUUCAAAGAGACCACUGGAGGGGACCUGCGGGGCCGCUCUGCAGUGAGAAACUAUCAGCUCUACCUGAACAGGCCUGCCCAGAAGAACUUGGGUCACCAGCUUAGAGGCAAAAGCCACCGAGCCUCCUUUGAUCGGCCCCAUAAGUCCCUACUCAGCCAGUCAACCUCGGACAGCUGCCUCUCGACCUCCCCAGGCAUCCUGUACCAUGAUUUGGUCAAGCACAUCCUGACCAGUACGAUGGCUGAAGUGAUGGCUGCCUGUUCUGACAACCUGCAAAAUCUCUUCAGCUGCCAGGCCACUGCAGGCUGGAAGUACCAGGGUGAAGAAAAGGAUGUGCUGACCUACUAUAAGGGAUUUCCCUCUGCUACUCGGCAUGGUUUCUUGGGGGCUGGGGUGGUGCCUCAGCCAUUACCUCGAGUCUGGGCAGCUGUGAGGGACCCUACCACAUGGACCCUGUAUGACAAGUCCAUCCAGACUGCCCAGCUGUACCAGAAGGUGACCAACACCAUUAAAUUGGUGUACCUGGUCAGCAGUACCUCGAUCAACUGUCUGAAGCAACCCCGGGAUUUCUGCUGUGUCAGCGCUGAGGCGAAGGAGGGCCACCUGACCAUCAUGGUAGCUCAGUCGGUGUAUGACAAGUCAAUGCCGCGGCCCAGCGGAAACAUGAUCCGUGGGGAGAUCUUGCCCAGUGCCUGGCUCCUGCAGCCUCACACCGUGGACGGGAAGGAGGUCACCAAAGUCAUUCACAUGGUCCAGGUGGAACUGGGGGCUCCGGGCCUUCCCCCUGGGCUGCUGACUCACUGUGCCAAGCAGCAGCCAUUGGUGAUAGCAAACCUGGCUUCCUUUCUUUGUGGCUAAUACCAGACUCACAGAGGUGCUUCUACUGAGAGACAGGCCCACCAGGUGGCCAUGGAAAGACCCUGUAUAGCAGAUUUAUGGCGGAGCUUAUUGCAACAUGGAGAAUGGGGCAACAGCGACAGUGGGAUGAGGUAGCCAGCAGCUCAGUCCAGAGCUGAUGGCAAAUAAACAUGUUGCCACAUGUGGCCCCACUGCAAAAUGAGGGGGCCUGAACCUCUUGGCCCUGGCCGUGCAGUGAAGGCGACACUUUUUCAGACCUAGUUACCUCUGCGUCAGUGGCCCAAUCGUAUUUUGAGCCCCAUAAAUAGUCCCAUUUCUGCCCCUCUCCUCCUGGAUCCUCUCCACCCCCAGCCGCUCUUAUGCUUGGUCUUUGGGCCAGGGUUGGGAGAACUCACUGAAAGGGAAGGAAGGGUGGUCUCUUCCUAGUGAGGUGGUGUUCAUAUGGCCCAGGGGAAAAGGCAUUGGCCUCCAAGGCCCCGCUUUAAAUCUGCCUCUUACAUUAGAGAAACAAGAUAGAAGAACAGACACAUUCUCACCAGGAAGGCAGUUCCUAAUCUUUUCCUCCAGUCUUAGCCAUCCAGAGAUUAGUUCCUUUCCUCUCAACCUUCCUCCCCUCCCUUUUCUGCCUGUUCAUUUUGGGUAAUAGGCUCAGUGCCAGGGGAAGGAACUUGUGCCCCAAAUAGAAAAAAAAUCCAGCUGUCCAGGGAUGGCAGCCUUCUGGUUUCCUGUCACCAAUAGAUGUCCAAAUAGAUGCUCAUCCUGCUUUAAAGCAAUGGGCUUUUAUUAAAAGUCAGCAUGGGGUCCUAGAGGAGGCAGAGUGAAGGAGCCCUGAUGAUGAACCAGGGAGAUAUCUGAGAACUUAUCAAUUGGGAAAAGUGGAGGCUUCACCUCACCAUCUCCCUGCUAUCCCAAAUUCAACUUUUAGUCUGGCUUCACCUACUUUCCUGAGCUGAGUUGAGGUAGAAUGGGAAGAGCAGCCACUUACCCUGUUUUCCCCCUUUCCUACAAAGCUACCUCUCAUUUUUUAGAAGGGUCAGUGAGUAGGACAUUCCUUUAUUCAGUACUGAAUAGCUCUUGGUAGCAGAGUAUUAUAGUGGGACCAACCAGAACGGGGACAAUUGUGGAUAACAGGCAAGGUCUGUAUAGUACAACAAAUUUAUAUUUUUUUAAGGCUUUUAUAGGCCCCCUUGCCUCACUUCUACUUUCUCCUCUUUUCUACUACAGUUCCAGGUUAAGUUAUUUGUAUUAUUGAUUGCAGUUUUUUUUAAAGCUGUUUUUAAACUUUUUUAAAGCAGAUAAUCAACAGUUUUGAUAUUAAAAUUCUUAUUUAUGUACCACCCCAUCCCCCAUCCCUUUUCAAAUAUAUUACCGCUAGACCAAUGGCCACAUUUGAUCAGAACCAUUAGAAAUAUGGAAGCUCUGUGUGUUAAGAUUACGAAGGCCUGUUACAUAUAGACCAGGAGUCAUAUGACCUGUGAGAGAAUGGUUUUAUGUUAUACUAAAAAUUACAGGUGGAAGGUUAGGUUUGGCCCCUGGACCUCACUUUACUGAUUUGAUUGUAGUUCAGGUAGUGAUGCCAAACUGUUGGCAUCCCCCAUUAGGAUCAUUUAUAUCUCAAUCCAACAAGGAUAUUUUAUAUUGAGAGCUGCUUCUGCAAUCCUCAGUGAUAACUUCAUCUGACAAGUCACUUUAUAAUGUCUGUCACAAGGCACAACUGGACAGAUUAGUAGUGCCAAUCCACUAAUCACAACUGGAAGUGGUAAAGUUCUUUAAAUGCAGGAGUGAAAUUCAAACACACUCGCUGACCAGUAAUUGUGCAAAUCAAAGCCUUUCAGGAAACCACAACCCUUGUUUGUCAACCUGUCAGGUCACUGGGAUUUCUAGAUUUAUUCCUGAGACUUAAGAUCCUUACCUCCCCAUCCUUGGCUAUUUCUUUGUGGAUGUAACUGCUAGAAAAAAAAAAAAAAAAAAAAAAAGGCCCUUCUCCUUUUGCUGUUAGCUCAUCAAUCUUCACUUCUGACCAAAAGUCUGUGAUGGUGUUCAGGACCAUGCUAUCUCUUGUUCCUUCUGCCCUAGCCCAUCUGUGAAGGGGUUGAGCGUAUGGCCUUUUUAUGUCUCACACUGAGUUUUGGUGGAGUGUGGAGCAGCGAGUGAGGAAAGAUAGUUUUCAAAGGCAAUUUGUCACUGUGGGUAAUAGUAGGAACAGCCCUGGUGCUUAGAAAUUUUGGUCCUGUACUAAGCCAAUCAGGCCUUCUUAACUGCUGGAGCCCGAGUUGAAGAGGAAAGAGUCUCUCUCUCUUCCCUAAGUCAGAGACUUUAAGCACCUUCAUCCUUGGGGUUCACUAAUAGUUCAUCUAACUGUGUGACUCCAUGAUGAACCUUGCAAGUGCUGUUGGCAAAUGAAUGAAAAAUUUAAACCCCUAAAUUAAAGCUCAGACUGUCCUGGC